UAUAGUGGGAUGGACAGGACCCCGCUCAGUCCCUCUUUGGGUGGCCUGUGCCUGCUGGAUACCUGGUGUGACUUCUCUCAAGAUGCCUGAGCCGGGGAAGAAGCCAGUCUCAGCUUUCAGCAAGAAGCCACGGUCCAUGGAGGUGGCCGCAGGCAGCCCUGCCAUAUUUGAGGCCCAGACGGAGCGGGCAGGAGUGAAGGUGCGCUGGCAGCGGGGGGGCAACGACAUUGGAGCCAGUGACAAGUACAGCCUGGCAGCCGAGGGCACACGGCACACACUGACAGUGAGGGACGUGGGCCCUGCCGACCAGGGGUCCUAUGCCGUCAUCGCAGGCUCCUCCAAGGUCAAGUUUGACCUCAAGGUCAUAGAGGCAGAGAAGGCAGAGCCCAUGCCAGCCCCAGCCCCUGUCCCUGCUGAGGCCACUGGAGCUGCCGGAGAAGCCCUGGCCCCAGCCACUGAACUGGAAGGAAGUGCUGCAAGUCCCGAAGGGUCAAGCUCAGCAGCCCCCAGUGGCCCUGUGCCUGGGUCCCCUGGAGCCCCCGAGGACCCCAUCGGCCUCUUCGUGAUGCGGCCACAAGAUGGCGAGGUGACUGUGGGCGGCAGCAUCACCUUCUCAGCCCGCGUGGCUGGGGCCAGCCUCCUGAAGCCACCCAUGGUCAAGUGGUUCAAGGGCAAGUGGGUGGACCUGAGCAGCAAGGUGGGCCAACACCUGCAGCUGCAUGACAGCUAUGACCGGGCCAGCAAGGUCUACCUGUUUGAGCUGCACAUCACCGAUGCCCAGGCCACCUUCGCUGGCGGCUACCGCUGCGAGGUGUCUACCAAGGACAAAUUUGACAGCUGUAAUUUCAACCUCAUCGUCCAUGAGGCCAUUGGCCCCGGAGAACUGGACCUCCGAGAAGCUUUCCGCCGCACGAGCGUGGCCGGAGGCGGUCGGCGGAUCAGUGACAGCCACGAGGACACUGGGAUUCUAGACUUUAGCUCACUGCUGAAGAAGAGCAGUUUCCGGACCCCACGGGACUCGAAGCUGGAGGCGCCGGCGGAGGAGGACGUGUGGGAGAUCCUGCGGCAGGCGCCCCCGUCGGAGUACGAGCGCAUCGCCUUCCAGCAUGGCGUCACCGACCUGCGCGGCAUGCUCAAGAGGCUGAAGGGCAUGAAGCGCGACGAGAAGAAGAGCACAGUCUUUCAGAAGAAGCUGGAGCCAGCCUACCAGGUGAGCAAAGGCCACAAGAUCCGGCUGACCGUGGAGCUGGCUGACCCUGACGCCGAGGUCAAGUGGCUUAAGAAUGGACAGGAGAUCCAGAUGAGCGGCAGCUUCUGCAUUUCUCUCUUCCUCUCGGUCUCGCCGCCUCCGUGGGGAACACUCCAAUGGCCCCUUCUGCUCCACAGCAAGUACAUCUUCGAGUCCGUGGGCGCCAAGCGCACCCUGACCAUCAGCCAGUGCUCGCUGGCGGACGACGCGGCCUACCAGUGCGUGGUGGGCGGCGAGAAGUGCAGCACGGAGCUCUUCGUCAAAGAGCCCCCCGUGCUGAUCACGCGCCCCUUGGAGGACCAGCUGGUGAUGGUGGGACAGCGGGUGGAAUUUGACUGCGAGGUGUCUGAGGAGGGAGCCCAGGUCAAAUGGCUGAAGGAUGGCGUGGAGCUGACCCGGGAGGAGACCUUCAAAUACCGGUUCAAGAAGGAUGGGCGGAGACACCACCUGAUCAUCAACGAGGCGACGCUGGAGGACGCGGGGCACUACGCGCUGCACACCAGCGGGGGCCAGGCACUGGCCGAGCUCAUCGUGCAGGAGAAAAAGCUGGAGGUGUACCAGAGCAUCGCGGACUUGACGGUGGGCGCGAAGGACCAGGCCGUGUUUAAGUGUGAGGUCUCGGAUGAGAAUGUGCGGGGCGUGUGGCUGAAGAACGGGAAGGAGCUGGUGCCCGACAGCCGCAUAAAGGUGUCCCACAUCGGGCGGGUCCACAAACUGACCAUUGACGACGUCACGCCUGCCGACGAGGCUGACUACAGCUUUGUGCCCGAGGGCUUCGCCUGCAACCUGUCCGCCAAGCUCCACUUCAUGGAGGUCAAGAUUGACUUUGUUCCCAGGCAGGAACCUCCCAAGAUCCACCUGGACUGCCCCGGCCGCAAGCUGGAUACCAUCGUGGUUGUGGCUGGGAAUAAGCUACGCCUGGACGUCCCUAUCUCUGGGGACCCUGCUCCCACUGUGAUCUGGCAGAAGGCCAUCACACAGGGGAGUAAGGCCCCUGCCAGGCCAGCCCCCGAUGCCCCAGAGGACACAGGUGCCAGCGACGAGUGGGUGUUUGACAAGAAGCUGCUGUGUGAGACCGAAGGCCGGGUCCGUGUGGAGACCACCAAGGACCGAAGCAUCUUCACAGUUGAGGGGGCAGAGAAGGAAGACGAGGGCGUCUACACUGUCACGGUGAAGAACCCCGUGGGCGAGGACCAGGUCAACCUCACAGUCAAGGUCAUCGAUGUACCAGAUGCCCCUGCGGCCCCCAAGAUCAGCAACGUGGGCGAGGACUCCUGCACAGUGCAGUGGGAGCCACCUGCCUAUGAUGGCGGGCAGCCAGUCCUGGGCUACAUCCUGGAGCGCAAGAAGAAGAAGAGCUACCGGUGGAUGCGGCUGAACUUCGAUCUGCUGCGGGAACUGAGCCACGAGGCGCGGCGCAUGAUCGAGGGCGUGGUGUACGAGAUGCGCGUCUAUGCAGUCAAUGCCAUCGGCAUGUCCAGGCCCAGCCCUGCCUCCCAGCCCUUCAUGCCUAUCGGUCCCCCCAGCGAACCCACCCACCUGGCAGUGGAGGACAUCUCUGACACCACGGUCUCCCUCAAGUGGCGGCCCCCAGAGCGCGUGGGAGCCGGAGGCCUGGACGGCUACAGUGUGGAGUACUGCCAGGAGGGCUGCUCGGAGUGGGUGGCUGCCCUGCAGGGGCUGACGGAGCGCACGUCGAUACUGGUGAAGGACCUGCCCACGGGGGCCCGGCUGCUCUUCCGAGUGCGAGCACACAACGUGGCGGGGCCUGGAGGCCCGGUCACCACCCAGGAGCCUGUGACGGUGCAGGAGAUACUGCAACGGCCGCGGCUCCAGCUGCCUAGGCACCUGCGCCAGACCAUCCAGAGGAAGGUUGGAGAGCCUGUGAACCUCCUUAUUCCUUUCCAGGGCAAGCCCCGGCCGCAGGUGACCUGGACCAAAGAGGGGCAGCCACUGGCAGGUGAGGAGGUGAGCAUCCGCAACAGCCCCACGGACACCAUCCUGUUCAUCCGCGCUGCUCGCCGGGCCCACUCAGGCACUUACCAGGUGACAGUGCGCAUUGAGAACAUGGAGGACAAGGCCACGCUGGUCCUGCAGAUCGUUGACAAGCCAAGUUCUCCCCAGGACAUCCGGGUCACCGAGGCUUGGGGUUUUAAUGUGGCUCUGGAGUGGAAGCCACCCCAAGAUGAUGGCAACACAGAGAUCUGGGGUUACACAGUGCAGAAAGCUGACAAGAAGACCAUGGAGUGGUUCACCGUCCUGGAGCACUACCGUCGCACCCACUGUGUUGUGUCAGAGCUCAUUAUCGGCAACGGCUACUACUUCCGGGUCUUCAGCCAUAACAUGGUUGGUCCUAGUGACAGAGCUGCCACCACCAAGGAGCCUGUCUUUAUCCCCAGACCAGGCAUCACAUAUGAGCCACCCAGCUACAAGGCCCUGGAUUUCUCUGAGGCCCCAAGCUUCACCCGCCCCCUGGUGAACCGCUCAGUCAUCGCAGGUUACACCACUAUCCUCUGCUGCGCCGUCCGGGGUAGCCCCAAGCCCAAGAUUUCCUGGUUCAAGAAUGGCCUGGACCUAGGACAAGAUGCCCGCUUCCGCAUGUUCUGCAAGCAGGGAGUGUUGACCUUGGAGAUUAGAAAGCCCUGCCCCUUUGAUGGGGGUGUCUAUGUCUGCAGGGCCACCAACCUACAGGGCGAGGCACAGUGUGAGUGCCGCCUGGAGGUGCGAGUGCCCCAGUGACCAGGCUGGCUCCCUGGGGAUGGCCAGGUACGACCAGAUGCCAGCCCUAUGUGCCAGGAGCCUGGAGGGAAGAUGGAGAAGCCCCCUUCUUGCUGUGGGACGUGUGUACAGGCGUGUCUCCUAGGCUGGGGAGGGACCAGCAGGCAGCAGUUAUGACGGGAGGCCUGGGUGGGGGCUGCACUGGCCCUCAGGGCUCCUACAGAAGCUCCUGGAUCUCUGGGGCACAAUGGGGGUGGGCUCAGGAAAUGGCAGUUGGGGACAGGCCUACCACAUCUUCCCAAUGUGUAAGGGCAAUAAAAGAUCAGUGCAGUGACA